UCGAAAUGGGCUCGCCUUCCGACUCUUCCGAUGUUUGAUAGCUUCCGCGAACGAGGACUGGGUGAGGAUCAGGGUGAGGACGCUGAGUGUUGGUGGGGGUCUGUGACAAAAGCAGACGCGGCCAGAGUCUUCGAAUUCUGCUUCGAAUUCAAUGUCCUCAACGUCCGCUUCGGAAUUUCGCUUGCGACUGUGGAAACCAGUAACCACCAGCGAAGGAACUCAAAGGAAGACCACCAUGCCAGGACCGCCAAUACCCUCCAAACCACCGCCUCGGCGCACCGAACCCAAACCCACAGAGCCCACCCCAGCCGCCGAAGAACCAGAAAGCAGAACAAUCCUGCCCCUCUCCAACGCCCUACCACCAGCGACCAUCCCGUCCUCCUUUACAGGAACCACGAAAUCCGUCGACCAGUUCCUCAAGCUCAACCGAAUAGGCGAAGGAACCUAUGGAAUCGUGUAUAGAGCGAAGGAUAAGUCGACAGGGAGGGUCGUGGCGUUGAAGCGGUUGAGAAUGGACUCGGACCGGACGGGGAUGCCUAUUGGGUCGUUGAGGGAGAUCUCUAUAUUGAAGUCGCUGAGGCAUGAGAAUAUCGUGGAGGUGCUGGAUGUGGUCGUGGGACGGGGGCUUGAAAACAUAUUUAUGGUUAUGGAAUACUGUGAACAGGAUAUGGGCGUUCUCAUGGAUAGCGUCGUGAGCAAGGGAUCUCGGCCUGGGUACAGGGAUCCAGAAGUCAAAUGCCUGAUGCAGCAACUACUCAAAGGACUCGGAUAUCUUCAUGCGAACUACAUAAUUCACAGGGAUCUCAAACUUACAAACCUGCUACUGACGGCGACGGGCACGUUGAAAAUAGCGGAUUUCGGGUUAGCGCGGAAAUUUGGGUUGCCACAACAACCAAUGAGCCCGAAAGUCGUCACGCUAUGGUACCGGGCGCCGGAGCUGCUACUAGGGAGCAAAGAUUAUGGGAUUGCUGUUGAUAUGUGGUCCGUGGGGUGCAUAUUUGGAGAGUUCCUGUCCAGCAAACCUCUCCUUCCGGGAAAAGAGGAACGACAACAAUUGACCCUGAUAUGCAACUUGCUGGGGACCCCUUCCGCACGGAUAUGGCCCGGCUUCGAUUCCCUCCCCUACGCAAAGUCGGUCAAACUCCCCCCAGUCCCCUUCUCAAGCGUCAACGUCAAGUUCUCCCACCACACCGACAGCGCCCGACGCCUUCUGAAAGGUCUGCUCACAUACCAUCCCGAGACGCGAUUAACGGUAAAGGAAGCGUUACGCCAUUCAUAUUUCUACGAGGAACCCGGGGCUUGCCUGCCUAUCUUUUUGCCUAUGUUUCCGGAGUUUCAGAAGGAACGAGAUACGAAGGGGAGCGAGCCGCAUAGGAGGAGACCGCCGUCGUCACCAGGCCCGAGGACGUCGCAGAGGCAGAAGAGGGUGUAUGAUGAGGAGGAGGAGUUGGCGCUGGGCGCUCCGGUCUAUAAGAGGUUUCGACUGUCGUGAUGGGGAUGAGGAGCAAUACUCUGCAAAGACCUCUCUUGCGCAUAUAGUAUAUGGUUUUCAUGUCGUUCACCAUCUCUUGUCAUCCCAUAUUUCGAAUAUGAUGAAGAGUAUGUGGGGACUGUUGGCCCUUGCAUAUUUGUUGAUUCUUCGCACCGGAAAUCCAUCAUGAGUGCGCCUCUGAUCGCAUAUCGCUUACGCAUACGACGCCUCAUUGAAAUAAUCACCAAAAGCUAAAACC